AGACCCAGUAGAGACGCAGCUCUUAACGCAGACUGCACUAUACCUCCACAAGGGCUUCUGUUAAACUCGAUGUAUUCAGGGAAGCAGCGCAGGAGUGUGACAGCAAGUCACACUGGGGAUAUCGCUAGCAGGCUAUCUGUUUGAAAAGCCGGGGAUGCUGAAAGUCACCAUGCCCUCCUCAAGACCGGGAGCUGCUUCGGAAUACUGGAUAGACGGAUCGAACAAGGAGACACUGGCUGAUUAUUAUGAGCUGGAGUCUGAAUUGGGACGGGGGGCAACAUCAGUUGUGUAUCGAUGUCGACAGAAAGGAACACAAAAGCCCUAUGCUGUGAAAAUGCUGAAGAAAACAGUUGACAAGAAAAUUGUACGUACAGAAAUUGGUGUCUUACUUCGACUUUCCCAUCCUAAUAUUAUCAAACUGAAAGAGAUCUUUGAAACACCAAUGGAGAUCAGUCUAGUUCUGGAGCUGGUCACAGGAGGGGAGCUGUUUGACAGGAUUGUUGAGAAAGGAUAUUACAGUGAACGUGAUGCUGCCGAUGCUGUUAAGCAAAUCUUGGAAGCAGUUGCAUACCUACAUGAAAAUGGAGUUGUCCAUCGAGACCUCAAGCCUGAAAACCUCUUGUAUGCCACUUCAGCUCCAGACGCUCCUCUCAAAAUAGCUGAUUUUGGCCUGUCAAAAAUUGUGGAUGACCAGGUCACAAUGAAGACUGUCUGUGGGACUCCAGGAUAUUGUGCUCCUGAAAUUUUGCGAGGGUGUGCUUAUGGACCUGAAGUUGACAUGUGGUCUGUAGGAGUGAUUACAUAUAUCCUACUAUGCGGUUUCGAGCCAUUCUUUGAUGAAAGGGGGGAUCAGUACAUGUUCAAAAGGAUUCUCAGCUGUGACUAUGAGUUUGUCUCCCCCUGGUGGGAUGAUGUUUCCCUAAAUGCUAAGGAUCUGGUAAAAAAGUUGAUUGUUCAGGAUCCUAAGAAGCGCCUCACUACCCUGCAGGCUUUGCAACACCCAUGGGUGACAGGGAAGGCAGUUAACUUUGCACAUAUGGACACUGCGCAGAAGAAACUGCAGGAAUUCAAUGCUCGCCGCAAGCUCAAGGCUGCAGUGAAGGCGGUGGUAGCUUCCUCUCGGCUGGGGAGCGCUGGCAGUCAUGGCAGCCAUGACAGCAGCAAGAACAGCCGGAACCACUCACCCAUUCAGGAGCACGAGCCUGAGGUGCAUCCGUCGAAGGAGCAGGAGCAGGAUCCGGGACAGAUCGGGGAGGAAGACUCCUAGAUCCCAUCCUAUUUCUUCUCGAGCACUGCUUGGGAACGCCCUCAAGAAGUCCCAGAACUUCUUAAAGGUGGAUAUUCCAACCGAAAGUCACAAUUUACAGGCUGGGACUAUGACACUUAACUCACUCCUAAUGCAUGUGAAUGCUUUAUCAAUUAAAGAAAUGUAGUCAUAAAAACUA